GGGUCAUCUGGUGAAUCCCCAGAACAAUCCCUCCCCUCAAUAAGAAUAAUUCCCUGGUUGGAGUGAAGCAGUCUCUGUGUACCUCGGCACACGCUUCAAUCGUUGUCGUCCUCGACGUUUCUCCUUUGGCAUCAAUACGCAUCUGCUCGGAUAUAAACAAACCCAUUCACUCGCUGCAACCAAACCCACCAUGUCCCAUCCGGACAGAACCAGCUUCACCCCCCGCGAUACCAUCGCUCAUCUCUGGCAAGGCCUCCGUCUCCCUCCAGACACCCUUGACGCCCUCUGCCUCAUCGAAUCCUCCCAGCCCGGUCUCCCCUCUUCCUACAAAGUUGGCCAUCUCGCCCAAGCCUCCAUUGCGCUCUCUGCCCUUCUGGCAUCUCAAAUCCACAGCCUUAGGAACACGAUCCCCCCACCCAAAGUCCGCGUGCCCCCCGACCACGCCUGUGUCGAGUUCAAGUGCGAGCGUCUCUACACCCUGAACGGGGCCCCCGCUCCCUCGGCCUGGGGCCCUAUUGGCGGCCUCCACCGAACCUCCGACGGCUACGUCCGGGUCCACGAUAACUUUCCCAACCACCGCGAGGGCGCCAAAUCCCUCCUUGGUUGCUCGCCAAGGGCAACCCGGGAGGAAGUCGCCUCCAAGAUCCUCUCCUGGCGCUCCGUCGACCUCGAAUCUACUGCCGUCGACAACCACCUUGCCAUCGCCGCGCUUCGCACCUACGAGCAAUGGGAUGUCCUUCCCCAAGCCAAAGCCAUCGCAGACUUUCCCAUUCGGCUUCACAAGAUCGGCGAGGCCCCCGCCGGUCUACCAGCCCGGAUGGGCCCACAUGCCGAUAAAUGUCUGCGGGGGCUUCGUGUCCUUGAACUGUCGCGGGUCAUUGCAGCCCCUCUAUGCGGGAAGACGCUCGCUACGCACGGGGCCGAUGUCCUCUGGGUAACGAGUCCUCAUCUCCCUGAUCUGCCGGAUGUCGACCGGGAAUUUGGCUGCGGGAAGAGGACCAUCCAAUUCGAUCUCCGUGACGAGGAAGACGCAGCGGAGCUUUUCGCCCUGCUCGACGACGCAGACGUCUUCAUUCAAGGCUACAGACCAGGGAGUCUCGCCUCUCGCGGUCUCUCCCCGGAUGCCAUCAUGAAAAGACGCCCCAACCGUGGGGUCGUCUGCGCCAACAUGUCCGCGUACGGCCCCGAUGGCCCAUGGUCCACCCGUCGAGGCUUCGACUCGCUCGUCCAGACCUGCUCCGGCAUGAACGUCUCCGAGGCCGAACACUUUGGGGCCGGAGAGGCCGCCCGUGCUCUCCCAUGCCAGGCGCUCGACCAUGCCGGCGGCUACUUCCUGGCGGCCGGGAUCAUGGCGGCGCUGUACAAGCAAGCCACCGUAGGGGGAUCCUGGCAGGUGGAUGUCUCGCUGGCGGGGGUGAUGAAAUACCUCCGCUCGUUAGGUCAAUACGAGGGCAAGACGGGAUUUCAAGGCGUCCCCGACUACAUUCGCCCCGACGACGUCCCGACCGAGUAUCUCGAAACCCGAGCGACUGGGUUCGGUGUGAUGACUGCCAUCCGUCACGCCGCGAGCAUCGAAGGCGUCGACAUCGGAUGCGACAUCAUGCCCAAACCACUUGGAUCGGACGAAAAGCGGUGGCUGGAAUGAUGCUGUGAUGCGACGCUGCAUCUACCCCGCAUCGUGAGAGCACAGAUUGCACAAAGAAAAAGCACGCAUGCAGCGGCGCCUGCACCUCAACAAAGCAAAUAUGCCACCCAAUAAUGCCCUUCCACGACAGUCUGGUUCUCAAUCUGAUGCUGGUUCUGCAGCAGUGCUGACAGGAAUGCCCAAGAUUUGCUUUUGAUCUGCAGGCGUGUCCAUUUGGGUGAAGUCCGAUCAAUUCCGAGGCGAUAGAAGUCCCGCUAGUGAGCAUGAUGGAGAUAAAUAGCACAGGUCCCAGAUUGAUCGAAUGUUUCCAUUGAUUGCUGUCCUUUUUAUCAUUCCCAGUAACGAAUCGGAACUUAUCUCUUGAAGACACGAAGAAGAAGGAUACUAAGAUGAAAGUCA